CUUGAUCUCCCAGGACAGACAUCGGAGGAGACCAUAUCCAUUCCUUCAACAGACUCAGCCACUGUGCCCAUCCAUGCCCUGAUUCAAACCCCAGACACAGUCCACCCGGAGUCCCAGUCCACUCCUCAGACACCGUUGCAGGCUGGUGGAACAACACAGGAGCAGACAGAGGAGACCCAGACCCCACUGCCUACGAGAACAGAUGUGCUCCUAGCAACAGAUCUGAGGACGGGCCAGAGCGGCCCAGAAGCCACUCCCUCUGCCGCUCCCACUAAAGGCACCACGCUCUCCAAGAGGCGAUCUCCAGGCAAAGAUGUCAGGCCGGACGCUGCCCUCGGGCCGACUGGCCCCAGUGAGGAAGACCCCUUCUCUUACGACGAGGACACGCUCCGGAAGCGGGGGCUGUUGGUCGCAGCUGUGCUGUUCAUCACGGGCAUUGUCAUCCUCACCAGUGGCAAGUGUAGACAGUUACCCCAGUUGUGCCGGAGUUAUAACAGAUGAGAACAUCGGAAGUAGGGGCCAACAGCCCAGUUAAUGGGCACCCCGAGACUGAGUCCCCAGCGGGUCACCGUGCCCAGCCACGUCCUUCCCCUCGUGGAUCCGACAUGAUAGUCAGCAGAGCCCAGCCCGAGAGGGAAGACCCGGAUGGAGACAGAGCAGGGGCUGACGGCCUAUGGCCCCUACCCUCCCAACCCUGCCCACCCUGAGGUCUGCGCGGCCCCCUGGGCAGUGUCCCCCCCCCCCCCCCGCCAUUGUCCAGUGCUGUUCCAACAAAGAGUAAAGCACUGUGGUCCUUG